AUGCGUCCCUCGAGCUUUCUCCGCCUCCAUUUUCCUUCACUUGAUUGGAGCGCAGGGACGAAAACCAGAGGACGAGAUAAGAGGGAGAGAGCGCAAACACGUUGAACAUAGCCAUCAGCCAUGGACACCCGAAUCUCGGCCUCUCUAGGCCUCCCCUCCCCAUCCUACAAUCCCCACCCACAGUCUCUCACAGAUUUCAAUUCCCUCUUCACCCACCUCGCUUCCACUCUCAUAUCUUCCCCAAAUCCCAACCCCAAAUCCAAUUCCCACCUCUCCUUCGCCUCCACUUCCUUAAAACUCCCAAAGGCCAAUGCCCAGAAGGCCCUUCUCAAGAGCCUCUCGGACCUCGAGCGCGCACUCAUCGGCGCGGCCGGUGGCGGCAUUGCUGGCGCCUUCACCUACGUCUGUCUCUACCCGCUCGACACCAUCAAAACCAAGCUCCAGACCAAGGGCGCGUUCCAAAUCUAUGCCAACACCUUCGACGCCAUCGCCAAGACCUUCCAGGAGAAAGGGAUACUCGGGUUCUACAGCGGCGUGUCCGCGGUGAUUGUCGGCUCUACCGCCUCCUCCGCCGUGUACUUCGGCACCUGCGAGCUGGGGAAGUCGAUCUUGUCCAAGCUCGACCAGUACCCUUCUGUGCUUGUUCCCCCGACCGCCGGGGCGAUGGGGAACAUCGUGUCGUCGGCGAUAAUGGUGCCCAAGGAGUUGAUCACGCAGCGAAUGCAGGCUGGGGCCAAGGGGCGCUCUUGGGAGGUCUUGUUGAGGAUUUUGGAGAAAGACGGUGUGCUGGGCUUGUACGCAGGUUACUCUGCCACAUUGCUGAGGAAUUUGCCGGCUGGGGUGUUGAGCUACUCGUCGUUCGAGUACUUGAAAGCCGCGGUGCUGAGAAGGACGGGGAAGACCCACCUGGAGCCGGUUCAGAGCGUGUGUUGUGGGGCACUGGCCGGGGCGAUAUCAGCGUCCAUCACGACGCCGCUUGACGUGGUAAAGACGAGGUUGAUGACUCAGCUUCAAGGAAGUGAGGCUGUGAAUAAGGUUGCGGCGGCGAUGUAUAGCGGGGUCGCGGCCACGGUGAAGCAGAUACUGAAGGAUGAAGGGUGGGUUGGGCUGUCCAGAGGAAUGGGGCCCAGAGUUGUUCACAGUGCGUGUUUCUCGGCGUUGGGGUACUUCGCGUUCGAGACAGCUAGGCUUGCCGUGCUGCAGCAAUAUCUCAAGAGGAAGGAGCUUCCAAAGGUGUCUGUUGCUACUUGAUUUUGGUGGGAUUUGAUUCGGUUCUCUCUACACUCUUCUCUCGAGUCUUUAUGUUUUCGGUGAUAUCUUCGUUUGAUUUGAAUUCCUUUGUUGGAAAUUUUUUUGAUAUGUAGUUUGAUUUUUGCUCGUCAUUUAUAUGCAUAUAAUAAACGUAAGGUUACUUGAAUAGCUUUCUGGUUCUUUCU